AUGUCAAUCAUCAGAAUAACACUCCACUCGUCUCUCCUCGGGGCACUCUCCGCCGCCCUGGCGCAAGUCAUAAAAAGAGAGAUUAAUGCCAUUCCCAUCCUGCAUGGCGCAUUAUAUAACUUCCUAAGCACACCCCCGAACUACCUCUGGGGCAAAACAUUGGAAGAAAGCUUCCCGGUCGAUACCUCUCUUCAUAAUGGCCACCAGAAAGAUAUGCACACAUUCAUAGUCAACACGACCAUCAAGCUAGUUCUCGACCAGAGCAUCGGCGCGUUGCUCAAUACAAUGCUUUAUAUCACUCUCAUCGGAAGUUUCAGAGGUUCAACCAUGGCUGAAAUCCAGGGGAACCUGCGCGAGAACACUGUCCCCAUGCUCAUCGCAUCGUAUAAAGUCUGGCCGGUGGUGAGCCUGGUGAAUCUGACGGUUGUGCCGCUGGAACAGCGCGUUGACUUGGAUAGAGGUGUCCUAGAGAUAGAUCUUAGUUGUCUUGAUAAAACGGUGGAUGGAGAUGAAGCAUUGCUUUUGGAAGGUCUGUUUGGAGAAGGUAGAGGGUGCAGCGCGGGGAAACCCAAACCGGUUAGCGGGCGAGGUCACCUGAACACACUCACCACCAAGCUCAAGCGACAGGAAGAGCGAGGAUGGGGGCGAUCCUGA